AUGAGGAAAAUUUUGGCUCGAGGGAAGGAAGCUUUUGUUAGAAUUCAAAACUUCUUCCUCCCUUCUUUUCAUUCAAUUUCAAAUGCUGCCUUAAUUAGAAAGAUAAUGAAUCUAUUCGUUUCCAAACUUUUAAUAAAUUGGGGCUGCAGGAUUGGUUUUCUCACAGCAUCUAGGGCGUCGUCUGAGGAAAGCUGAAAAAAAUGAAGGUUUUUGCCGUACUUCUUCUUCUUGGGAUCUUGGUCGGCGCGUUUGCUGACCCAGUAAAACUGGAUGACAACUCCGCAGGGACAUUAGACCUUUUAGACGAAAAAGUAGAUGUACCCGACGAGGAUGAGACGGUUGAUGAGGAACCCGCGAGAGCAGAGGACACUGAGACCAAAGAUGGCACAGAAGAAGAAGACCCCAAGGAAGCCGAGUCUGACAAUGUCGAAGAAACAGAGCUAGCUGACAAACAAGAGGAUUCACGUCGUAACAGGCUAAGAUUGUGUUCCGUGGAGUGUUCACAUAGCUGCACAUAUUACAAAUGGUUCUUUUGGAACAAAGGCUGCUCGUGUUAUCGCUGUCCAGCUGGUUAUUACAGAAAGUGUGGAAAAAAGGUCAGAAGGUGCGAUGGAAGAUUCUGUUACUACCGGUCACCUUGUUUCUGCGAACUUGUACCACGUCAAGGAUUUUGCGACCGAUUUCCUUUUUACGCCUGUAGAGUUCUCAAAGAUUGCGUGAAUGGCAAAUGUUCUACUCUCCGAAAAUGUUAUUGCGAUUGUCGCAAAGGCACCGUACGCUGGUGCUUUUCCAGUUCCAGAUGGUGCCUCUGUAGACGACCCAGACGGCGGUGGGGUUGAUCAAUUUACAGUUUCUGGCACCAGAUGCUUGCAUUGAUGUAGCGAUCAGGAGUUUGCUGAACACUUUUUGUAGCUUUAUUUACGCAUCGUUUUACUCUUUAUAUUCGAACAAAGUGAAUGAACAGUAAUUUGACGCCUA